GCUACUGCUACUGCUACUGCUACUACUACCUUGGAACCCAUGCUUUCGGGAAAUGAAAAAAGAGAUAAUGUAAAAUCUACUAUUACUACUCAUACUAAAUCACAACCAAUGGCUAUUCAUAAGAAUAAUACAUUAUCGUCUAAAAAGACAGAUAAUAUUCAUGUAUCUACACAUGAUAAUGAAGGAUAUACAUCAUUUGAUAAAAACACAUUAUUCUAUGGAAGUGAUCCUCCUUCUACUUCUUUCUUAAAUAUUAGAAAUGCCAGCUUUGAAGAAGAUAUGCAUCAUCAUCAAUCUAUUCAUAGUUAUCAUAAACCAAUACCGAUUACUCCUCUAUUACCCCAUUCUCCUUCUUCUGUAUCUUCUAUAGAAGAAGAAACAAUUACAAAGACAUAUCCACAAAAAUCAAGAUCAAAUCAAACUCAGUGUUCAAAUUGUUCUACUCAAACUACACCCCUAUGGCGUAGAGAUCCAAAUGGGAAUCCGCUUUGCAAUGCUUGUGGUUUAUUCUUAAAAUUACAUGGCGUUGUUAGACCAUUGAGUUUAAAGACAGAUGUUAUCAAAAAGAGGAACAGAAGCACAAUUACAAAUAUAAAUAGAAAUAACUCUCCCACUACUGUUGUCAAAAGAGAUCAGCAACUAUUGUCUACAUCAUUGCCUACUCAAAGUAGUCAUAAUAUGAUAAUGUCGACUACUACUACUUGUAAUAAUAAUAAUCGAUAUCAAGCUAUCCCUACUAGACCAUCUCAAACAAUACAAAAGCGUCAACGUCGCAACAUUCAAAAACAAGUCACUACUUCCUCAUCAUUAUCCAUGUCAUUACCCAAUGCUACCACUCUACAUCCAACAUGGACAACGAAUCAGUUUAUAACAUCACCAAAUACCAUUCAACAGCAAACCUCUACUACUAAUUAUGACUCCUCAUCUACAUCCACCAUCUCUUCUUAUUUCAACUUUAGUCCCUCUACUACUACUGAUCAUAAUAAUAAUCUUAUCUUUUCUUCCUCACCACCACCACCUAGUCAUCCUCCUGGUCUUGUUCAUUCAUCCUCAAGCUCAUCUCUUGCUAGUUUAAAUCAACAGCAAAACGAUAACAUUUAUACCGUCUUGGAGAAUUAUGGGGUUCAAUUAAAUAAUCUACCUCCAGAAUUAUUACCGCUGAUUGCAUCAGCAGCUAAUUAUCAAGCCAUGAAUCAUCAUCAAAAGAUACCAAUAGAAGAAUCAUUCUUUACAACAAGUAAUAACAACAAUGCUAAUCAUUCAUUUGAUCAUUUUAAUUUUUUUUAACAAAGAAAAAAAAAAUAAAUAAACAAAACUUAUUUUUUUAUAUUUAAAAGUUCUUUUUGUAUCCUUUCUACUCUUUCGUUCGUUUUUGUCAUUAAAGUAUUUGUAGUUAUUAAUCUCUUUUUAGCAUCGACUAGUUUUUCUAAACAAGGUUGAAGUUUAGGUGAUUCUGCUAUCUCUGAAAACAAUUCUAGUUCUAAAAUAGACAAUGGCCAAUGAAUACAUCUUUAUCUAUUUCUAAUACAGUAGGACCUAAUAUUGAUUCAAAACCUUGUGCCAAUGACAUGUUACUGAUGUGUGUGUGUGUGUGUAUAUAAAUAAAUAAAUAAAUAAAUAUGUGUAUAUAAAACGAAGCUCAUCCCCCCUCAACAAAAAAAAAA